UAUUUAUUUCUUUAAAUUAUUUAUAUAAAUUUGUCAACAAUUUAUCAACAAUUAUCAACAAUUUUAUAAUCAAUAUUAAUCUUUAUCUAUUUUUUUUCUAUUAGAAUUUUAAUGAGUAAAUAUAUACAUAAAUACGAUGUGGCGCUAAUAAACGUUUUUUAUGUUGUCAUUUUCCAUGAACUUUGGAAUAUUGUAGGUUUGAACUUCGAUCUUAGUAAUCAUAGUUUUAUAUUUAUGUUUUGAUUGCAAUUUUUUAGAGCUGUAUUACCGACGAAUAUCAUACCUUUAAUAAUUUGAUAAUGCUUUAAUAAAGCAUGUAAAAUUCACAACAAUGCCAAAUUAUUAGAUUGAGAGAUAAGUAUAUGUCUUCUACAAAACGCACAGAUUAGAAAUAAUAAAUUAUAAUAAUGGGCAUUCUUUCCUCAUUGAAAAGAUCAUCAAUUGUACAUCUUAUGCUUGCCAUUACAUUUUUUACAUCUGGCUUAAUAAUAAAUUUCUUCCAAUGUAUUUUAUAUUUUGGGAUUAGACCUUUCUCUAAGUACCUUUAUCGCAAGAUCAAUUAUUAUCUUUGUUAUUCAUUUUAUAGUGAAUUAGUAUGUAUGGCAGAAUGGUGGGCUGGAGCAGAUGUUACAUUUUACAUAGAUAAAAAAGACUUUGACAAGUAUUCUGGCCACGAACAUGCAUAUCUUCUAAUGAAUCAUAGUUAUGAAGUAGAUUGGUUAUUAGGAUGGGUAGCAUGUGAUCGUAUAGGUGUAUUAGGGAAUUGUAAAGCAUAUGCCAAGAAAUCUAUACAGUACAUUCCUACAUUGGGAUGGGCAUGGAAAUUUGCAGAAAAUAUCUUUCUAGAAAGAAACUGGAAUAAAGACAAAGAUGUGAUAGGAACUCAAAUUAAAGAAUUAAUAGAACAUCCUGAUUCAAUAUGGCUCCUUCUAUAUGCAGAAGGAACACGUGUUACAUCUAAGAAGUUAGAAGCCAGUCAAAAAUUUGCCAAAGAAAAGAAUCUACCAAUCUUGAAAUAUCAUUUAACUCCACGCACAAAAGGAUUUAUUUCUAGCAUUCCUUAUAUGAGAGGAAAAACUAUGGCUAUAUAUAAUAUUCAAGUAGCAUUUAAAGAAAGUGAUCCGGUUAAGCCUACCAUGACAAAUCUACUUUUAGGGAAAAAAAUAGAAGGUCAUAUGUAUAUGAGGAGAAUACCUUUAGAAGAAGUACCAGAAGGAGAUGAAGCUGCUGCUGAAUGGUUGCACAAAUUAUACCAAGAAAAGGAUAAAAUGAUGGAAAGUUUUCAUGAAACUGGCGAUUUUUUUGCAACAAGUGGUGUUCUUAAAACAGAUAUAUUCAAAUUAAAAAGAAGAUAUUAUUCUUUGAUCAAUACCUUUUUUUGGGUCGUGGUAGUAUUAGUACCAAUGUUAUAUUAUCUUAUUCAACUCUUUUUAUCUGGUUCAACUGUAUACUUUUCUAUUGGAUUGGCCAUCAUUGUUCUAUUUUAUCUGCUAAUGUACAAAACAAUUCAAAUGUCUGAGAUAAGUAACAGUUCAUCUUAUGGGGCUGCUGAUGUAAAAAAGAUAAAAUAAAGUCUAGUUUUACUAUACAUAGACCAUUAAUAUAUAUAUUACAAAAGUGUCAAAAA